AUGCUCCUGCAAGUCCUCUUCGGCGGCUUCGCUGCCCUCAUCACCUCAACCUCUGCUCAGUCGAAUUCCAGUCAGAUACUGGUAGUUGAUCAGAAGAGCUUCAAUGUUCUGAAGCCUGUACCUCCUCCUUCACAAUCCAACCUUACGACGAUUUUUGUCCCCCCCGGCGUCACGUUGCAACAAGCCCUGGCGAAGCCCUUCCAUGUCUAUGAUGAAUCUUUUCUAGAAAUUAUUGGGCCAAACCCUACCUUGACCCUAAUUGCCAGUACUAGCAGUAAUCCUCUCUUCCAUGAGGCUGUCGUCUGGUACCCUCCCACCGAUGAGAUCUUCUUCGUACAAAAUGCCGGAGCGACGGCUGCUGGAACCGGUCUGAACAAGUCCAACAUCAUACAAAAGAUCUCCUUGAAUCAAGCUGCCUCCGUGUCGUCCCUACGGAAUGCGAGCGGGCAGGUGGAUGUUGUAACUGUGAAUGCUACUCCUCCCGUGAUUAACUCCAACGGGGCGACUCAAUAUCGAGGCCAACUGCUCUUUACUGGUGAAGGGCAGGGUAAUGACACGGCCCCCGCGCUAUACGUCGUGAACCCACGUCCCCCUUAUAACGCUUCUAUGCUCGUGAACAACUAUUUCGGCCGUCAGUGGAAUUCGCUCAAUGAUGUGGCGGUCAAUCCUAUGAACGGUGAUGUGUACUUCACAGACACUCUGUACGGCUAUCUGCAAGACUUCCGCCCUUCGCCAGAAUUGCCAAAUCAAGUCUACCGGUUCACACCUUCCACGGGUGCGGUCUCGGUGGUAGCCGAUGGAUUUGAUUUGCCAAAUGGCAUCACAUUCUCCCCCAAUGGGUCUUACGCGUACGUGACCGAUACAGGUGCUCAGUAUUCGUUCUUUGGGUAUAAUAUGACAGCGCCUGCCUCGAUCUAUCAAUUUACCGUCCUCUCCGAUGGGACCUUCGCAAACCGCAAACUGUUUACUUACUCUAGUGUUGGCAUACCAGACGGGAUACACUGCGACACCAAUGGUAAUGUUUAUUCGGGCGUUGGUGACGGCGUACACGUGUGGAACCCUUCAGGAAAACUGCUCGGCAAGAUCUUCCUGGGCACGACAUCCGCGAACUUCAAUUUUGCGGGCAAAGGUCGUAUGGUUAUCUGUGCGGAAACCGAACUUUAUUAUGCCACGUUGGCGGCGGAGGGAGCAGUGGUGUCGAGUCAACUGCCGCCGAUAUGA